AUGGCGGACGCAUCCUCAGCCGAAACGGCCCCCGCCGUCGGGAAUCUCCGCCGCGUGGUAGUAUCGGUGGACGGCAGUGAGGAAAGCAUGAACGCACUCAGGUGGGCCAUUAACAACCUCCGCUUCGAUUCUCCGGGGGAAGGGGGAAAGGAUGAGGUGCCCGGGGUCUUGCACAUCCUCCACGUCCAGUCGCCGCCGUCCAUCGCUGCCGGCCUCAGUCCCGGGGGUAUCCCGUUCGGUGGUCCCAGUAUGUAUGCGUGAUCGAUCUCGUUGCAUACUUGUCCCUCCUCUGUUGUUUCUCUGUUUUUUUUAAUUUUUUAUUUAUCUCAUUCCUGAAGGUCAUGUGGAGGUGCCUGCCUUCACGGCUGCGAUAGAGGCGCACCAGCGGCGGAUCAGCGAGGCCAUUAUAGCCCACGCCAGGGAGAUAUGCGCCGAGAAGCAUGUGAGAUGCUGAGAUGCUGUGGACUGUACAUUUCAGUUCUUGUUCUCCAGAAUUCUACAUUUACUGUAUGCCCAGAAAACUGAUCGGAACUUGCCUUGAAAAUUCGAAGGUUAACGCGAAGUCUCAAGUAGUAGUGGGUGAUCCCAAGGAGCUUAUCUGCGAAGUUACCGCUAAUCUACAUGCCGAUCUCCUCGUAAUGGGAUGUCGAGCAUUCGGACCAAUUAAAAGGUCAGCUAAUUGUGUCGUCGGGUUUCGCUCGUGUUCUGACGCAGUAUCUUUUGAUUUGAUAUUCGUGUUUAUUCGGUAGAUCUAUGGCAACAAUGUGAUUCAAUGACAUAAGCAAGUUAUUUUAGAUCAUGGCCUGGAUUCUUGAGAAUACCUGUCAUUUCUUUACUUAUUUCUUCAAUCCUUCCAUUUAUCUCAUGUUUAUUGUUCUGCUCUGGUAUUAUAACAUGUUAAUUAUUUGUAAGUAAUGCUUUAUUAGUUGUAGAUGGAUGCCAUUUAUUUAUUUAUUUAUCCUCGCGGUUGAAAUUUGAGUUCACCACAAGGCACUCAAGCUCCUUGUGGGCUUGCAUGUAAUGGGCAUGAAAUUAUUUGAUACAUUGACUUAGUGGCCAAGAUAGGAAUGAUCAGAGAGCCAUCAACAAAAAAAUUGUAUUUGAAAAUGUGCAGUGCAUGUUUUAACUUUGAUGUCUGUCAGGGUUUAAAAUCGCGAUGAAAAAAAAAAGUCUAUUUCUGUUCUUGGUUUGAUCUAAAUGAUUUUGGCUGCUUCCUUGGUCUAGUUAGUGUGAAUUUACAGUAAUUGCAUCACUGGCGCGUAGUUAGUGUGAAUAAUAUAAUGCCAUGAUCUUCUCCACAGGCCUAGUUGCAGCACCGUUUAUGAAGAGGCUGUCAGAUCUGAUCUGAGAGUUAAUAAGCGAACAAUAUAUUAACCUGUGUACCCUCCAAAUCAACUUCAAUGCUUCCACUACCAGACAUCUGCUUUAGCCACAUUUGCUCCCCUGGGGUACCUCUGUCGUGAUUGACUUCCGUCCAUGCUUUUUUGGGGGCAUAUCUGUGGGUCACAGUGUCCGAAAAUUUAUUGACCUUUUUGACAGAAAUACAAAUAUGGGUGAAUUCAACUAGUUGAGCCAAACAAUGGAGUAUUAUGUGGUGAAAUAUGUGAACCGAAAAGCUGCAAGGAGCUCGCUCUCUCUCUCAAUGCCCAUCCUCCUAGUCGCACAUGCUACUUUCCUUUUAUGAUAUACUAAGCAACCUUUUGAACGUGGUAGAACUUAUUGGAGGUUCCUUGGGUGGAUAGAACUUCAAAUUUUACUGUUCAAUUCGCUCUGAUUGGAGCUAUAGUUAAAUUUGGCUGGUGCUGCCUUACCUUCUUCUAUUACCCAUUUUCCUAAUCCAUAAUACAAUUGAAAAUAAAUUAUACCUACCCACCACUCUAAUCCAUAAAUUUUCGGGUCGGAUUGAGUUUCAUAGGAUAAUUUGGGCAGGUUGUGUGUAAACCUAGUCCAUAUGAAGCUUGAGCUAUGCCCUCUAAAUAUGUGAGUUUUUCUGUGUUAUUACCGCUAUUAACAUCAUGUGGCUCCACAAUGUACCGUAUGUAAGCAGUCCUGGAAUAUUUGGACCCUUAUAUUCGGUUUAAUAACUCUUGUACUUCUAGGAUCUCGUACUGUGCUUCAUCAGUACAACUCUGUUGUGUUGAUUAAUAAUGCCCUCAAAAGCUGGAUCCCAAAAUAUUGGUCUCAUAUCUUGCUCUCAGCAUGCUUUAAUUCUGCCCCCGAACAUUUAUUCAACGAGAAACUUUAACAUAGUCAGCAGUUUCCCUAUUUAAAUUCGUUCCUCCCAGGUUACCAUUUUCCUGCUUCCUAGCUAAUACUCUAUGCUUACCUGGUUUAUCCUUGUAAUAGCUAUAUAAUCAAACAGUGUCCAAUUGAAAAUAGUUUCCUAUUGUUUCGAUAUUAAUUAUCUCCUUAUUUUAGUUUUUGAUCGGUAAUUUUUUGUCUUCUGGUGUCAGCAUUUACAGAUUGAUAAUUUAUGAUUAGGAUUGGCAAGUACUAUAGCUGAUGGUAGACUUGACGGCCAAUUUUACGCUUUUUAAUAUCGUUGAUCCAAGAAAUCUUGAGCGUGAUAUUUUACUGAUCCACAUUUCAAUAUUAAUUUCAUCCUUUUCGGGGAGUUGAUGGAGCCUUAACAAGGGACUAAAAGGCGACAGUGAAAGAAAAGAGUUAAAUGAUGAGAGCUAUUUUAAAAGAGCAAAGGUAAGAUGAGAAAGAGAGAAACAGGAGUGGGAUGACUAAAUAGGGGAAAAUAAAAGCGACAGGAGCAGGACAAAACAAGACUAAAGGUAUCAAGAAGUCAGAGGUGCAGCCCAUGGAAUGGGAUCGCAGGGACAGUUCCUUGUCUGUCCUUGUCCCAAUCAGAUCUGCCAAAUUGAAUAAUCCGUAUCGUUAACUACUUUUAGGAACCUUAGCAGAUAAGGUGAGCUUGGCCCAUCUCGUGUGCCAUACUUUCUAGGUGGUGGGGUUGGUAUUAAUUAAUUCGAAGAGUUUUUUAAGUUUUUGUUUUUGUUAGUCUAUAUAAAUGCUUCCAGAUUAUUUUCCUUCUACGAGAGUUGUUUCAUGUAAAGAAAGAAUCUAUCUUAGCUUGUUACCAGUCAUUCGUGAUAGAUUUUCCUUUUUUAUUUCGUUUAGUUUUUUAUAUCCGCCUGGAUCAUUGCUGCCAAUUCUUUUCAUUUCCACGAGGAUUGAUCCAUGAAAAGAUAAGAUUUCGUAUAAUACCUUUUAGUUUUUAUUUUUGUGAUCUUUUCUACCCAUACUUGAAUGAGGAUUGAUUCAUAAAAGGAAAGAAUCCAUCUUAUUUUCUUCUCAGUCGCACACAUGAAAGAACUACUGGCUUGAACUGCAGGAUGUUUCUGGGAAGCGUCAGCAACUACUGCGUCAACCACGUCCAGUGCCCAGUUGUUGUGAUCAAGGGAACCCAGAAGGCUUGA